UCGUCGUCGCCAUAACUUGCACCGGGUAGUGAUAUCUUAGCAAAUUUGGUUUCAACAUAGCAGGUCUCCAGCUGUGGCAAGAUCACAUUUAAUAAUGUGACUUGUUACGAGUAGACCCUCUCAGGAUUCGAUUUCUACGAAAAAUAAAUCAAGAUGCCAUCAAGUCCGUCCACUUGCUCUCAUGUGAGAGGGAUUGGUGACAUUCACUGGGAAGAGUUGAGAGCCAAACAGAAAGCAAAACAUGAUCAAGAGUGUCACUCUUGUAGUGUGAAAGGCUCGAACUUGUGGCUGUGUAUCAUUGGACAAUGUCAGUAUGUCGGAUGUGGGGAGCUCGUCAAGGAUCACAGCUCACUCCAUUCCUCAGAGACGAGCCACACACUGUCCAUCAACCUGACAACGCUUCGUAUUUGGUGCAGCUUCUGUGAGUGUGAGGUGUUCCCUGACAACAACAACCCACCUUUUGUGAUCCCAGAGAAUGCCCAGGCUAUGAGUAGCUCGAUGAGCUGUGGCAACAGGUCUGACAUCUCCAAUGACAGCUCACCUCAGAGGAGUGUCUCAGGACUUGAUGAUUCCGAAUCUGACAUGGAUGAUGAAAAUGGUAGACCAAGAGGUUUAACUGGUCUCCAGAAUCUGGGCAACACCUGCUAUAUGAAUGCGGCUCUUCAAGCCCUCUCCAACUGUCCACCCCUGACACGCUAUUUCCUGGACUGUCCGGGAUUUGUCCGGCCAGAGAGGAGCCCCAUGCUGUCUCGUGGCUAUCACAGACUUGUAUCGGAACUCUGGCACAAGAAGAGACAGGGCUAUGUAGUCCCCAGUAGUGUAGUCAGUGGGAUGAAACAUGUUCAUCCUAUGUUCAGGGGCUACACACAACAGGAUACUCAAGAAUUCCUACGCUGCUACAUGGAUCAACUCCAUGAAGAGCUGAAACAGCCAAUCAUUGAGGACUCCGACAGUGAUGACCUCGCAAAAGAAGUCAUCGUAAGCCAGGUGGAUCUUAACUCGCAUGAUCGACAGAAUUCCAUUGAUUCCAGCAGUAGCCAAUCGGAAUGUGAAUACGAGACAUGUGACUCAGGCCUGAGUAGUGAAAAGAGUUCCGUGGAGCAUAGUUUCUCCAGUGAUGAGAACAGUGACGUUAACGAACAGACGAAACUCAACCCUCGGUCGAGAGAACGAAGAUCGACUGUGAAGUCAGGUUGUUACGAUAAUGUGGACGAUCACGUGGCUAACACAAAGGAAAUGAAGGAGACGGCUAACUUGUUGUCGAAACAGAGUCUGGAUCAUGUCAGUGUUAAACAUGGACCAUCUGGUGAUCAUUUGAGGAAAAGUGAUUCAACAGAGUUUGUGGAUGCAGUGUCGGAUUUGGGGUCAUCUGCUGUAAGUCAGAGGUCGAAGCUGUCUUUACCGAGCACGACGAUAACAUCGCAGUCAACAGCAACAGAGACAUCGGCACCGAUACAGCAAGCACUGCACAAAUCAACCAGUACAAAGUCACUGAAUAGUGGGAGAGUUUCAAAGAAGAAUGUUCUCCAUCGUAGCGUUAUCUCCGACAUAUUUGAUGGCAAGAUUCUCAGCUCUGUCAUGUGCCUCAUGUGUGAGCGGGUGUCUACAACCAAGGAGACAUUCCAAGACUUAAGUCUGCCGAUUCCAAGCAAGGAUCACCUGCAUGUCUUGCAUUCUAGCCAGGCUGUGGGGCCAGGGUCAGGGGUCGUCAAGGGCGGGGCAUGUGGAGAGGUCAACCAGGGCUGGAUCUCAAUGAUGUUUAAUUGGAUGAAGAGCUGGUUCGUGGGUCCGACCAUAUCUCUCCAGGACUGUUUGGCAGCCUUCUUUUCAGCUGAUGAGCUCAAGGGGGACAAUAUGUACAGCUGUGAGAAGUGCAAGAAAUUGAGGAAUGGUUUGAAGUAUUCCAAAGUAUUAGAAUUACCAGAGGUGGUGUGUAUUCACUUGAAGCGUUUCCGCCAUGAAUUCUACUCCUCUAAGAUCUCUACGUAUGUCACUUUUCCGUUGGAUGGCCUCGACAUGAAGCCCUACCUCCACAAAGAUUGCAAGUCUGAAGUGACCAGCUACAACCUGGUGGCCGUCAUCUGUCAUCAUGGAACAGCUGGAGGUGGUCACUACACUGCCUACUGCCUGAACUACGUCAAUGAGCAGUGGUAUGAGUUUGAUGACCAGUACGUGACCGAGGUGGACGUUCAACAGGUGGUCAACUGUGAGGCUUACGUGCUCUUCUACAGGAAACAGAAUGACAAGAUGCACAGUCUGAGGCAGGAAGCCAUGGAGCUGAUGGAGGCAAAAGAGCCAAGUCUCAUGCAGUUCUUUGUGUCACGUCAGUGGAUCAACAAAUUCAACACGUUUGCCGAGCCAGGCCCAAUCACAAACCGUGACUUCCUCUGUCGGCAUGGAGGGGUUCCUCCAGGGAAGACCAACCAUGUGGAGGAGUUGGCCCAGCCCCUCAACCAAGCUGUGUGGGAGUUCCUCUACAACAGGUUUGGAGGAGGGCCUGUGUGUAACUAUCUGUAUGCCUGCCAGACAUGCCAGCGAGAACUGGAACAGCUGCGGUACCGACAGAAGACCGAGAUGGAGACAUUCAUACAGCAACCCAUGCUUGUUGUAUACAAGAACGGUCAACAUCAGCUGAAGCAGUCCUCUCCAGACCAUGGUCAGUUGUCCAAGGAGAUGUGGCACUACCUCCACAACAUCUAUAAUCUAACAUGGAGUGGACCAGAGCUCUUUUUCAUCAAACCCUCCAGAUGA